UAUUCGAAAUUCCUUGAUUUUGGAGUCCACUAUUGUUUGAUCAGCUUACCGCCGGACGUUGCUUUCACAUUAUGUGAUAAAAAUUUCCCGGCCGAGAGUUUUGGUACGCUUACUGUAUCAGAGUGGGAAGCAGUGUUAGCUGGUACCGUGUUGAGUGGGACUGGACAGGAGGUGUUUCGACGAAUUUCUCAAUGGAAAACUGAUCAGGCAAUUGGUCCGAAUGAGAGCUGCAUUCCACCGUUGGAACCGAGUAUGUACAUGUUUCAGCUUGAACCCUCAGACAUACAGCCAGAUGCGCAGCAAUUCUCCGGUACCAUGAAUACCCCGUGCAUCGAAUCCAAUGAUGCGGAUCCGAGAAAACUGUCCGAGAAGACUGGCGGUGAUAAUUGCCCCACAGGUGGGGCGACAAGUGGGAUGAUGUGUAAGGUUGAACCACUCGGUUCCGAUACCGACAGAAAUUGUAGAAGUGUGACAGUUAGCAACACUGUUCAAAAAUAUGAAAUUUGUUACAACAUGAUGGAAGCUGAUUUCGAAAAGCAAAUUGACGAACAGAAUUCAAACGAUUUCGCGAGUACAGCUACGAAUGUGCAACAGGAAGCUUAUUCCGAGAAGCAAAUUGACGAACUCGAUUCAGACGGCCUCGUGAGCGACGGCACGGAUGAUAAACAGGAUAGUGGUGUGAAAGGCAAGCUAGCGGUAAACAUAAGUGGUGUAACCAAGCUAUCGGAUGUGUCCAAUAACAUGGGAAUUUCAGCUGCUGGUGCAAUAAGCCCGCUAUUAUAUGAGCAACAAGAUGCAUCGGCCGUUGGGGUUUCCUCAGGUGUCCUUAAGCCAACAAUCGAUCUCCAACCUCAGUUUGCCAACACUCCAUUUUUUUCACCAGACGAUCUGAGUCAUCUACUGGCCAAAUCGGAUGUCGGACAAGCCAUUAUCCAGAACAGCUUGAAAGGACCGUUAUCGAAGGAUAGCAAGAAGGAAUUAGCUGGCAUCAUAGCGAAUCACCAUCUUUCCUGUCACUCUGCUGGGAAUAACGUAGCAUUAUGUCGGCUACCGAAGGCGGUGCUUGAGAACUACGUGAAUUGUGUGAAGCUGCGAUUCCCAGCCGAGAACAAUGAUAUGCUAAUGUACUACAUCCCGGCUACGCCUCCGGAGAGAAAGAAUCCAGGAGGAUCGAUAUAUCAGGCUUAUAAGCGUCUGAAAAGCGUGAAACGUGAUCGAGAGCGACGAGAACUUCAGCAUACGGCAAAACUAGUUGCUAAAGAAAACAACGCUAACCCUCAUGAAGCUGAACAGUCUGAAGCAAACAGGUGGCUUGCUCUCAAUAAUGCCCCUUGGGACACAGUGAUGAAAAUGUGGAAAAUGACAGAAACAUGUCGAUUUGAAGAUACAAAGACGCUGAAACCUGUUGAGAUUAUUGCGAAGUAUCGUCAUUACGCAGCUCCACUUGGAUAUCAAUUGGUAAGUAAGGGACCCACCAACACCAAUGGGGAUGGAGAGGGCUAUAAGCCACCCUCUGAAUCUCACCACCCAGAAAAGGUCCUUCGGACGGUCAUGAAGGGGUGGCGUAAGAUGGGAGGACAUUGA